AUGUCCUUGAAAAAUUUGAAGGGACAAGGUAAGUUGAAUAAGAGACAUGCCAAGUGGAUUGAGUUUCUUGAACAAUUUUUCUAUGUGAUCCAACACAAGAAAGGUAAAUCAAAUGUUGUGGCAGAUGCACUCUCAAGUCUGCAUGCAUUGCUUUCUACUCUUGAAACUAAAGUGUCCGGUCUUCAGCAUAUCAAGGAUUUGUAUGCGAGUGAUUCUGAAUUUUCUUCUAAGUUUUUCUCUUGUGAGCAUGCUGCCCAAAAUGGAUACUCCAAGUACAAUGGCUAUUUGUUUAAAGAAAAGGACUAUGUGUGCCUAAAGGAUCUAUUAGAGAUUUGCUUGUGCAAGAAGAACAUGAGGAGUAUUAAUGGAGCAUUUUAG